AUGACCACAAUGGAUCUUCGUGUCGGUAACAAGUACCGCAUCGGUCGCAAGAUCGGUUCUGGUUCUUUCGGUGAUAUUUACCUCGGCACCAACAUCAUCUCCGGCGAGGAGAUUGCCAUCAAGCUCGAGAGCGUCAAGGCCAAGCACCCCCAGCUUGAGUAUGAGGCCAGAGUCUACAAGUCCCUGGCCGGCGGUGUCGGUAUUCCCUUUGUCCGUUGGUUCGGUACCGAGUGCGACUACAACGCCAUGGUCCUUGACCUCCUCGGACCCAGUUUGGAGGAUCUCUUCAACUUCUGCAACCGCAAAUUCUCCCUCAAGACCGUGCUGCUUCUCGCUGAUCAGCUGAUUUCUCGCAUCGAGUACAUCCACGCCAAGUCUUUCAUUCACCGUGAUAUCAAGCCCGACAACUUCCUCAUGGGUAUUGGUAAGCGUGGCAACCAGGUCAACGUUAUCGACUUUGGUUUGGCCAAGAAGUACCGUGACCCCAAGACGCACUUCCACAUCCCUUACAGAGAGAACAAGAACCUUACCGGAACCGCCCGUUAUGCUUCCAUCAACACCCACUUGGGUGUCGAGCAAUCUCGCCGUGACGACAUGGAGUCCCUGGGCUACGUCAUGCUCUACUUCUGCCGUGGAUCCCUUCCCUGGCAGGGACUUAAGGCUGCUACCAAGAAGCAGAAAUACGACCGCAUCAUGGAGAAGAAGAUGACCACCCCGACCGAGGUCCUUUGCCGCGGCUUCCCCAACGAAUUCGCCAUCUACCUCAACUACACCCGAUCCCUCCGAUUCGACGACAAGCCCGAUUACAGCUACCUCCGCAAGAUCUUCCGUGAUCUCUUCGUCCGCGAGGGCUUCCAGUACGACUACGUCUUCGACUGGACUGUCUACAAGUACCAGAAGAAUGCUCAGGCAAUUGCUCAGGCUGCAGGAGCCACUCAGGAGGAGGAUGAAAAGGCGCGGGCAUCUCGCACGAACGCCGCUACUGCUGGUCAGCCGACCCCUCAGCCUGGCGCUAAUAAGCCUAACGCCCUUCCCAGCUCGCGCCGCAAAGUGAUUGAACGAGGAUCUGGUGCUGGUGUAAACACCCCAGAUACCAACCGUGCCUUUGCGCUCGUCUACGAAGGGCGCAAGUCCAGCAUAUGGUUCAAGUUCCUUUCUGCCGAAGUGAUCCUCGACGGCGGUAACCACAUGCUUUCUGUCCAACACGUUGGAGUAUGA